AGCGCGUCCGCGUCGUUCUCGUGCCCCGGAUGUUGUUUGAGCGCGUGUUCGGUGGCUCAGCUGGUCGGUGCCGGUUUAUCAGCAGCGUUUAACAUUGUUGCUCGUCGCAUGCACACGCACCAGCAUAAUGUCCAUGGACGUGACGUUCCUCGGGACCGGCUCCGCGUACCCGUCCCCGAGCCGCGGCGCGUCGGCGCUCGUGUUGAGGAGCGAAGGGGAGAGCUGGCUGUUUGACUGCGGAGAGGGAACCCAGACUCAGCUCAUGAGGAGCUGUCUCAAAGCCAGCAGAAUCACCAAAGUGUUCAUAUCUCACCUCCAUGGGGAUCAUCUGUUCGGUCUCCCUGGUUUGCUGUGCACCAUCAGUCUGAACUCGAGCCCCCAGCCGGAUCAGCCUGCACCCUGCGUGGACGUCUACGGCCCGCGGGGGUUAAGACGCUUCCUUCGUGUGGCGUUAGAGCUGUCCAGCUCUCAGCUGCUCUUCUCGUACGCGGUGCAUGAGCUGGAGCCGUCGGACGAGCAGUGUCCUGCGGAGGGCCGUCUCAGUCCUGCCCUGACCUCCAGCAGCGAUACGCUUCACCCUCAGGAGCGGCCCGGCACAAGAGUACAGCUGGACCCGCACACGGACUGCUACCACCUCAUUGAUGACAAACAGUUUGUGGUUGAAGCGUUCAGGCUCUACCACAGAGUCCCGUCCUUCGGGUUCUCCGUGCAGGAACGAGAGCGGCCAGGACGCUUAAACACUGAGCUGCUGAAAGAACUAGGUGUGAAACCAGGACCUCUCUAUGGGCGUCUGAAGAGUGGCGAGUGUGUGACUCUAGACGAUGGUCGUGUACUGAGCCCCGGCGAGGUGCUGGAGCCGCCGCUGAAGGGCCGGAAGGUGUGUGUGUUCGGGGACUGCAGCGGGCCCCUGGGGGAGGGGUUUAAGCGGGCGUGUCAGGGGGCCGAUGUGCUGGUGCACGAGGCCACUCUGGAGGACGGGCAGCAGGAGAAGGCCGUGGAGCACGGGCACAGCACUCCUAGCAUGGCCGCCGCGGCAGCCGCCUGCGGUGCACAAACGCUGGUCCUGCAUCACUUCAGCCAGCGCUACAAACCCCUAACCCUGCGGCGGGACGGAGACGACGACGACGUGACCCAGCUUAAGAGACAGGCUGAGCUCGUGCUGCAGGGGUCCGGGACCGAGGUCAUCCUCGCUGAAGACUUUCUCACGCUGCCUGUUGUGCUCAAGAAGAAUUAGUGCCUUGUGUUUCGAUUUAUAUUUUAAUACAAUAAUUUUUUUUUAAUAAAGUCUGCCAUUUUUACCGUUUUCUUGA